AUGCGUUUCAUGGUAGUUUUGGUCAUUUUCUCAGUCAUCGCAUACUCUUCAUGUUAUGAAGACGCUGAAGCAGAUCCAUUAGAAGAAUUCGAUCCAGCAGAAAUCAGCGAAGAGGAACUUGAAGAAAUCACAUUUUUAGGUGACAAGCUGAGGAAGUGCGUUGAGAAAUAUUGCGCUUAUAGAUGCCGAAUGUUUAUGAAGCCUCCAUAUGCAGCAGUUUGUGAAAACAGCAAGUGCAGAUGCAGAAAGAUACAAAAGCAAUAA